AUGAGCGCGACAACUCCGUCACUGAGGGCUAACACUGCGCAUGAAACCUCGCGCAGUUCCGAUGACGGAUUCGAAAUAGUAGAGCACGACCACGAUGUUCUGAGCAUCCCCGGAUCACAAGAUGGCACCCCCGUACCGACUUUAGCGGUGACAGAGGAAACAGAGCGCAACGGAGGAAUGGACGAAUCCAGGGAAAGCCGACCUUGGUUAUGGGAUUACGAUGAGUUCCACGAUGCGAUCAAAGGCGGAGACUUAGAUGGCGUGAAGAAGAUGCUGGACGACGGUGCAAAUGUCGAACGUGGAACAGACGAGGGAGAAUCACCAUUAAUCCUCGCCAUUCUGAAGCAAGACAUCGCCAUCAUAAUGCUCUUGCUAGAAAGAGGCGCAGAUGUGACCCGCCCGUUCGAUGGUUUUCCUCCCACCCACCAUGCCGUCAUGCAGAAAGAUCGAGCACCCCAAAUCAUCCAGCUUCUCCUCGACCAUGGCGCCAGCUUGGAAGCAGUUGGGACAGAGAAUAUCAACGCGUUACAUUUCGCUGCAUCGAACGGCAUGAUACAUGGGGCUGAUUUCCUAAUCGGCAAGGGAGUAGAACUUAGCAAGACCUGCGAGGAUGAGAGGACGCCUUUGAUACUGGCCGCAAAACAUGGACAUCUUGCAAUUGUCAGACUACUUCUCGCCAAAGGAGCAGAUCUGCACGAGAAAAGUGAGAAUAGUUGCACUGUUCUAAUGUGGGCGGCGGAGUAUGGACAUCACGAAGUCGUUCUUUACUUGUUGGAGGCAGGAGCGAGGGUGGACGACCGUAGCGUAGAGGAUCUCACCGCCCUAUCACUCGCCAGCAUGAAUGGCCGAUUGGAAGUCGUACAACUACUAAUCGAGAGCGGUGCAGACAUCAAUGCACUCAGUCUAGAUCCAGCAUCCUUCACCCCGGCAAUGUUUGCUGCAUUACAAGGACAUGCAGAAGUGCUACAGGUUCUUCUGUCACACGGGGCAGAUUACAAACCAGAUUUUGAAGUCGACUGGGCUGAUGGUGACAAGAUCCUCGAUAUGACCAUGACGAAAGGCCACCUCGCUGCUGCCAAGAUCCUGUUAGAAGCCAUUGGUGGACCAGACUACCCAAAGGAUAGUAUCGCGCUCCAAAUGGCCACUGCGCAAUCUAGGGUAGAACUGGUACCAGUGAUGAAGGCCAUCCCUCUCAUGUACAAACACAUCGACUCCAAUCCAACCGCCGAUGAGAACUUGGGUUGGGUCGAGUGGGUCUUAGAUCAAGGCGGAGCGCUCGUCAGAUCGAGAGCCAUGUGCAACAUGCUGUUUGCUGCCAUAGUCGAAAAGGAUGUCGGUGUGACUGCAGAAUUACUCAGACUAGGAGCCAAUCCAAACGUCAUCGGAUUCAUGGGUUACACACCACUGCACAUCGCAGUCGGCAAGCAAAUUUGCAGCCUGGCAAUAGUCGAACUACUUCUCGAGGCAGGCGCUGAUCCGGCUAAGGUCCCGCAAAAUACCACCACACCCACGCCACUACAUUUUGCAAUCUUGGGUUUCGAAACCAGCCGUCCAGAGAAAAUGGCUAUCUUCCAUAUCUUGCUAGCGAGUGGGCGAUGCAAGAUCAUGAAAGGACCAGACGCUCAAUCUAGUGCCUUUCUGAGUGUAGUAAGCGCGUUGGAUGGUGGGAGUGCCGAUAUUGCCAAAAGCCUGGCGUCCUGGAUGCUGGAUUUCAUAUCUGAUGUGAACGACGACAAGGCCGACGAUGGGUCUACUCCGAUGCACGUCGCUGUCAAAUACAACCAAAAAGUGCUCAUUGACGCACUUAGACGAGAAGGCGCCGACAUCAACGCGCAGAGCAACGACGGCAUGUCACCUCUUCUUCUGGCCUGCGAAAUGGACGUGGAGCUGAUCAACUUUCUGGUUACACGCUGCGCAGACGUGUCUGCUGUCAACAAGAAAGGACAGGGAGCUUUGCAAAUUGCCGCCGCGUGUGGGCAAGUCAAAGUGCUCAGGUUUCUCCUUGAUCUGGAUCUAGCCGAAGAGGAGCCACUGAACAUCGAUGCUGUAGACGAUGCAGGCCUUACCCCAUUGAUCGCUGCCAUAGCGGAAGGCCAUGAAGCUGCAGCUCUUUUCUUACUGGUACGAGGUGCCUCUGUCCAACAACGUACGACCGAAAAAGGACGACUUGCUUUGCAUUAUGCAGCACAGGCUAGUAUGAACCGUAUUGUGGAAUUCAUGUUAGGAAAGUCUUGCAACGACAUCAUCAAUGUGGAAGAUCAUGGGGGAUACACACCCCUAGCACUCGCGUGCAUGGCAGAUACCCCCACGGUCGUUCCCGCCUUGCUCUCCUACGGCGCAGACCCAAACGUCAUUUGCCAAAACACCGGCGACCGCCCCCUUCACAUCGCGCUCAAACGACCUCUACACAUGGAUCGCGGUGCAGACAGGGAAAGUAGUCCACCACUCGACCUGCUCAAGCAUGCAGACACCGAUAUCACAGCUCGCGAUGGCAGCGGCCGCAAACCACUGCAUCUCGCAUCUGAGUUUCACAAUCUUGAAGCUACCAGACUCCUCUUAUCCAAAGGCGUCUCACCACACUCUGAAGAUAACAAGGCCCGAACGCCACUAUGUCUAUGUUCAAAUCCCUACAUCGCACAAGCGCUGAUCGACCACGGCGCGCACGUGAACCACACCGAUGAAAAUGGAUGGACGCCAUUGCACUACGCUGUGUCGAGGUGUUGGGUCAAGGCUUUUGCGGUGCUGAGACAGGCUGGCGCUGAUAUGGAUAUGAGGACCCGAGAUGAUGGGCUUAGUGUCAAGGAGAGGCUGGACACGUUUGGUUCGUGGCAGAACUGGGUGGAUACGGAAAGGGAAAUGGUGUGUGACGAUGCACAGAGGGAGAAGAUUAGGGAAUUCGACGUGAGGACUGAGAUGGCAAUGAAAGUAGAUAGGUGUUGA